AUGGCAAAGGAGAAGCCUCACGUCAACCUGGUGGUCAUCGGCCACGUGGACAGCGGCAAGUCCACCACCACGGGCCACCUGGUCUACAAAUGCGGCGGCGUCGACCAGCGAAAGCUGGAGAAGUUCGAGAAGGCCGCAGCGCAGUUGGGCAAGAGCUCGUUCAAGUUCGCCUGGGUGCUGGACAAGCUGAAGGCUGAGCGGGAGCGCGGCAUCACCAUCGACAUCUCUCUGCUCAAGUUCAACACGCAGAAGUACUGCAUGACCAUCAUCGACGCGCCGGGUCACCGAGACUUCAUCAAGAACAUGAUCACAGGGACGUCCCAGGCCGACGUCUCUCUGCUGGUGGUGUCGGCGGCCAAGGGAGAGUUCGAGGCGGGCGUGUCCCGCAGCGGUCAGACGCGCGAGCACGCCCUGCUGGCCUACACAUUGGGCGUCAAGCAGAUGAUCGUGUGCGUCAACAAGAUGGACGUGACCGAGCCGCCGUACAGCCAGAAGCGCUUCGACGAGGUGGCGCGCGGCGUCGCGGGCUUCCUCAAAAAGAUCGGCUACGACCCCAACGCCGUGCCCUUCGUCCCAGUCUCCGGGUGGACCGGCGAGAACAUGAUCACCGCCACACAGAAUAUGCCGUGGUUCCAAGGUUGGAAAGUGCGUCGGCGAGAAGGCAACAUGAAUGGCAAAACUCUGCUGGAGGUGCUCGACUCCAUUCAAGCGCCCGUACGCACAAUUAAUAAACCGUUGCGAUUACCUCUGCAAGAUGUCUACAAGAUAGGAGGAGUGGGGACGGUUCCCGUGGGGAAGAUCGAGACGGGUGUCCUGAAACCGGGUAUGACGCUGAUGUUCUCGCCCGCCAAGGUGACCGCGGAGGUCAAGUCUAUCGAGAUGCACCACCAGGGUUUGGACACGGCAUUGCCGGGCCACAACGUGGGCUUCAACAUCAAGAACGUGUCCGUCAAGAACCUGAGGCGCGGCGACGUCGCCGGCAACGCCCAGCAUGACCCGCCCUCCGACGUCAGCAGCUUCGAGGCCCAGGUGAUCAUCCUGAACCACCCGGGCCGGAUCAAGGAAGGCUAUUCGCCGGUGUUGGACUGCCACACGGCGCACGUGACUUGCCGCUUCGCCGAGCUCAAGGAGAAGCUGGACCGCCGCACGGGCAACAAGCUGGAGGAGCGCCCACAGCUGCUGAUGUCAGGCGACGCGGCCACCGUCAAACUGGUGCCUGUCAAGCCCAUGUGUGUGGAGAGCUUCUUCACCUAUCCUCCACUUGGUCGCUUUGCUGCCCGAGACUUGAAGCAAACGGUGGCAGUCGGUGUCAUCAAAUCAGUGGAGAAGGAGAAAGGCUCCAAAACCAAAGUGUCUAAAUAAGUUGCGUUACAUUUUUGUUACAAAAAAAGAGGCUUUAAGUUAAGUUUUAAGAUGUUUUGACUCCUGUGUUGCAGAAAGCUGCUGAAUUUUGGUUGAAAUGCAGAGUUGGAAAUAAAACAU